GUAAACCUUUCAAACAUGGCGACGCUCCGAGGAGAGUACGGAGGCUGGGAACACGACCGAUUUUAACCGAGAAAAUAACGUCCUCUUCGCAUGCUACAAUGUGGCGGGGUUAGCCAGAGCCGCCGCACGCACAGCCUUUUAGACGAUGUUUGCAGAGGGUUUACGGUGAACUGUGGCUCACGUGGCGUGGGGACGAGGGACACCACAAGCUGAGGUUUACUCUCUGGGAUCAGUGCCAGUAAAGCCGUUUUUUAAUUGCCUGCUACGAGCGUCAUGAAACCUGAUUCGACCGAGACCCUCUCUUGUAACGUGGCGAGCUCUGGGUGAAGCUGUGAUCGGCGCCAACGGUGUCGGACAGUUUGAAUGGAGACGUCCACGCUGAAGAACCAGCCCUGACCACAAGUCACAGUCGGCAUGCAAAACAUUAGAUCACAGGCCAGUCUGUCCAUCUGGGGAUGGGGGGGUCUUGGAGUCGUGCUCUUCCUCGUCACCUUUGGACCCUUUGCCAUUUUCUACCUGGCCUUUUAUAUCUUCUGCUUCAUUGGAGGGGGCUUUGCGGUCACUCUGCUCUAUGGAAAGAUCAACUCGGAGAAACACCUGGAAAAGUGCGAGCACUCCUAUUUGCCGCCCACGCACGUCGGCAUAAUGAAGACGCUGGAUGAGAUGAAGCUGGAGUGGAAGCCUAUAAAGAUUGACAGGAGACUGACUGGGUCCAGUUUCAUAGAUGAACCACUACAACAGGUGAUCCAGUUUGCGCUGAGAGACUACAUCCAGUACUGGUACUACACCCUGAGUGAGGACGAGUCCUUCUUACUGGAGAUUAGACAGACGCUGCAGAAUGCCCUCGUCCAGUUCUCCACAAGGUCCAAAGAGGUGGACUGGCAGCCUUACUUCACCACUCGCCUGGUGGACGACUUUGCCACCCAUUUACGUGUCUUCAGAAAAGCCCAAGAUCGCCUCGCCGACAGAGAGGACAAGCAACGGGACAUAACAGAAGAACUGGUGGACUCAUUCUUCGAGGCCGAGGUGGAGAUGGAAAGGAAGAUUUGCCGAGACGUGGUGUGCACCUCAAUCAAAGACGAAGAAGGGUUUCUGCGGGACCUGUGCGAGCUGCUUCUGUAUCUGUUACUACCUCCUGGAGAUUUCCACAACAAGAAUAUGAGAUACUUCCUGAGGGAGGUGCUGGCGCGUGGUGUCCUGCUUCCUCUAAUCAACCAGCUGAGUGACCCAGACUACAUCAACCAGUUCGUCAUCUGGAUGAUUCGGGACUCCAGCUGUAACUAUGAAGCCUUCAUGAACAUCCUGAAGUUAACGGACAAGCCCGCCGAGCUGGAGGCCGUUAAAGACAAGGUGCUGGAGGAGCUGCAGUAUCUCCGCUCCCUGGACACCGCCGGAGAUGACAUCAAUGUAAUCAAGAACCAGAUUAACAGUCUUCUGUUUGUGAAGAAGGUGUGUGAGACCAGGAUCCAGAGACUUCACUCCGGCAAGGAGGUCGAUGCCUUGAAGCUGGCAGCCAACUUUGGCAAGCUGUGUGUCAUCCCACUGGAUCACAUCCUCGUCCACAACAUAGCCCUGCAGUUCUUCAUGGACUUCAUGCAGGCAGCCGGGGCGCAGGCCGAGCUCUUCUUCUGGCUCACAGUGGAGGGUUACAGGGUGACGGCCCAGCAGCAGCUGGAGGUGAUGCAGGGCUGGCAGAAAGAUGGCCAGAAGCAGCCCUCUGCCACUAAGGGGUUGCUGAAGGCCGCAGCGCUGGGUGUCUACGAACAGUACCUCUCUGAAAAGGCGUCUCCCCGGGUGCAGGUGGACGAGACAUUAGUAAUACAGCUGGGGGAGAAGCUACAGAACGACGACCCCACACCAGAGAUAUUUGACGACAUCCAGAGAAAGGUGUACGACAUGAUGCUACGCGACGAGCGCUUUUACCCGUCCUUCAAGCAGAGUCCCCUCUACGUCCGCAUGCUGGCAGAGUUGGACAUGUUGAAAGAGCCGAGCUACAGAGGGUCUGACGACGGCGACGGAGAAUCCUUCAACGGAUCUCCGACGGGAAGCAUAAACCUGUCUUUGGACGAUCUGUCCAACUCCUGCCAUGAUGAAUCUAUGCACCUACAUGCCUUCAUCUCUGACACAGCUGAUGCUUGUUUCCCCGGCAUGUGGGGUGCUGCAGGGGUUUGCAACGACCACGGUAAGACCUACGCGCUGUACGCCAUCACUGUGUUCAGACGCAACCCGGACGGAAGUGAGGACUGCUGGAAGACCUACCGCCGCUACUCAGACUUUCAUGACUUCCAUAUGAGAAUCACUGAGCAGUUUGAGAACCUGGCAUCGAUCCUCAAGCUGCCUGGGAAGAAGACUUUCAACAACAUGGACAGAGACUUCUUGGAGAAGAGAAAAAAAGACCUCAAUGCUUACCUACAGUUGCUGCUGAACCCAGAGAUGGUGAAGGCCUGCCCAACUCUGAUUCCCUACGUCUACGACUUCCUAGAAAACAAGGCCUACAGCAAGGGCAAAGGGGAAUUUGCACGGAAGAUAGACACAUUUGUGAAUCCUUUCCGGAGCUCCAUGAGGAACGUGUCCAACGCGGUAAAAGCUCUGCCGGACAGUCUGGCCGAGGGGAUGAACAAGGUCUCUGACAACAUGGGCCGCAUGUCGGAGAGACUGGGCCAGGACAUCAAACAGUCCAUAUUCAAGGUGCCUCCACUGCUCCCUAAGACCGAUAUCGACCCGGAACACUGUCGAGUCUCUGCCCAGCUCGAUGACAACGUGGACGACAAUAUUCCCCUCCGGGUCAUGCUGCUGCUGAUGGACGAGGUGUUUGACCUUAAAGAGAAAAACCAGUGGUUGCGGAGGAACAUCAAGAACCUGCUCCAGCAGCUCAUCAGGGCUACGUAUGGAGACACUAUCAACAGGAAAAUCGUAGAUCAUGUGGAUUACAUGACGUCACCAGAGCAGGUGGCAGACUACGUUAAGAAGUUCAGGGAUUCCUACUGGCCCAAUGGUAUUCUAGCUGAGACCCCGCCCCGCCGGGACAAGAACAUCCGCAUGAGGACGCGAGUAGCAGCCAAGACCAGCCUGCUGGGCAUCAUGCCAGACGAGUUGAAGCACAUCAUCGGCGCGGACACCACAAGAAAGGGCAUACUCCGCGUCUUUGACAUGUUCCAGUACCAGCCCAUGAACCGCCGGCUGGUCUACGUUUUCCUGGAGGGCUUCCUGGAGACCAUGUUCCCUCAGUACAAGUUCCCGGAGCUCUUCGUCAAGCUGCACUCCCGCUCGCCGCGCAUCCACAGAUACAGCCAGAAACUCAAAUCCUCCUCCCUCAAGAGGUGACAGGAGAGGACGGGAGGCGACGGGACACAGGGCCGACCGGACACACAGAGACUUGAGAGCUGCGAGUGGGCGGGGGCUCGACGCCAACGGUGAGGUACUGUGUGUGAUCGACCCUCCCUCUUCCCUCACACACUCCUGUCGGUGAAAACACUCCAAUUAUCCAGACGAUCACGCUGUCGAGACAGAACAGGAGGACAACUGAACAACACACACACUCUGCCCUACUCUCACUCUGUGAUACACAAACAGAAACCCCAUCAUUUGCACCAAGACUGAACAUGACAGUCUUUUAGUUUAUCUAUUUUUUUUUUUUUUCCUCUCUCCUCAUUUUUAUUUUUAUUUUUUUAGUUGUUUAGCUUUAUCCUGGGCCAGCCGAUGCUGCUUUCACGUGGUCCAGAGAGCCGACCACAAAUACUGUAUUGUUUUUAAGCUGCAGGACUAGAUAGCAUAGACCCACACCUUGCCUUAGCUUCACGCUUUCCGUCUGUCGGCCGGCACAGUCCUCCCAUCUCAGUGAACGGGCCACACGGCUGUAAUCAAACUUAACCUCAUGCUGUAGACGUCUGAGCUGCAACGGGCACUUGUUAACUUAGAAAUUAUCGUUUCUGUCUUCAUAGCAACCAAAAAAAAAAAAUUAAUAAUAAUAACGUCAAUAGCACUGGGUUAUUAAAGAGGCGCUGUUUUUGUUUUUUUAAUCAAAUGUGACUGAACAAAUAUGGGUCGAGAAAGGAUGGUUUUUAUUCGUUCGACUUUUUUCAACUCUCCAGACGUUUUUUUUUUUUUUUUUUUUGUCGCAUCCGAAACGUUGCCCCACCCUCCAAGAACAGGCCACGCCCCCCUUUUAAAUGCUACUGUCAUAACCUGUGAUGACCAAAGCUCAAUGCUGUCAUGCUGUCGCGUGUGUGUGUGUGUGUGUGUGUGUGUGUGUGUACUGGUUUGACGUUGGGACACUCUAAAUCAUUACUGUGCUUCAUAUCGCUGAUCAUGUGAAGAAAGAGAACGCGGUGUUGACCUUUUAAUAACUUGUGCGUUAUUGCUGGAGGCACACUAUCAACGAAUGUAGUCUCUGGUCUGUUCUGUAUUUGGCUCGUGUAGAACUGUGUGUGAAUGUGUGUGUGUGUGUGUGUGUGUGUGUGUGUGUGUGUGUGUGUGUGUUUAGAGCGAGGGUGCAACCCUCGUCAGUCAGAAACUGUGCCAGUGUGAGUUAGUGAACCAGCCUUAAAUCUACAUACAGUAUAUGCUGACCAAGAGACACUCUCCUUCACACGACUGAACGCUACAAGGAAAUCAUGCUUAGAGAGACGGAGAUGUAUCCCUAGUCCCUUUUAGAGAAUUAAUUCGGUGCAAUAUUGUUUCUUUCUUUAAUGCAUGUGCAUUUUAAUCAUUGUGUACUGAAAAUAGUUAUUGUUUUAACAGAAAAAAAGGAGACGUUUCCCCAAAAAUGUCUUCUCACCCCAACAACUUUAACAUUCCGUUGUUGUAAAAUGUUAAUUUUAUUUUACGGACUUGUUUUAUAAGUCUGACUAUUGAUUUAUUUUUAUUUUUUUGUGUGUGUGCGUGUGUUUAGGGAGUAUUUUCUCUUCUAAACCCAAGGCGGCCCACUCUUGCAGAAUCUGUGUUUUUGGGUAUUGAUUCGGCAGCGGUAGGGUUUCGUUUUUUUUUUUUUUAUUAUUAUUUUCUGUGAGACAGCUUUAGCUCAUUGGGCUAUCGCUAGUUCAGAGGCAGCCUCGAUUAACUGCUCACUUUUAAGCGCGGACAGAUCUUUUAGAAUGAACUGACUGCUGGAGAGACGCCCCUCUUCCACGCCUGUCCCCGCCCUCACGCCACCACGACGCGUUCACGACAAGAGCCAUGUCCUGUGACCAGUGCAAUCACUGCUAGUUAGCACUUAGCGUAGCAACUUGUGGGAGCCCCUCUCCCCACUGGCUGAACGGAGCCCCGCUGUGCUGCAGUCAGUGGACGGAUCUCCCUCGUCUGCUGUGACUCGCUUGCACUGAGCGGCCCUGGUGGACUCCGGUUGGCUGAGCAGGGGGACAUGAACUGGAGCCUCUCUUGUCUGGGAGGUGAAUAUUUUACCCCCUUUGACGGAGGAGGAGAAGUCACCUUUAACUUUCUGCACACCUCUCCAUACAGGAAGGCUUGUCUUUUUUUUUUUUUAAACCCCAGUAUAUAUGAAUCUAUGAUAAUGAAAAUUGUGCAUAUCUGUGUACAGUAUGUGUUAAUAGUGUGCCUAAAUGUACUGUCAACUCUAUUUUCAUAUUUUUCUUUAACCUGGAAAAAAAAAAAAAUCAAUCAGAAUGUCAUGAUCAUUUUACGAGACUGAAAAUGAUGUUAGGGUGUUUUUUUUUGUCUUUUGUUUUGCAUCAUGCUUAUCAGACUUUUCCUUGUGAGCAGUCGUGCUCAGAUCAGUAUAACACUAAUAAACAGUAACUCAGACUAACUGA